ACCAGAUCUAUCCCUUAGUUACACGUAAAUUGUAAUUUUAUAAUACUAUAUCACCAAUUUUUUACUUCUAGUUGAAGGUGAAGACGAUGUAAAAGGUAGAAUCCUAGACUUCAGCACUGAUUUGGAGGCAGUGUACAAGGCUAUGGAGCAGCAAGUUGAUGCAGGAAAAGCACGAGGUAUUGGGCUCUCAAACUUCAACAGCAAGCAGAUUGAGAGAAUUAUGAAAGUGUGUCGAAUCAAACCCGUAAACCUUCAAGUAGAAGUUCACGCUUACCAUCAACAGAAACCUUUAAGAUCACUGUGUCGACAGUUUGACAUUCCUGUCAGCGCCUACUGUCCUCUUGGAGCACCAUAUCUCAAUAGAGGUGACUGUGAAAAGUAUCCGCGACUUAUAGAGCAUCCAAUUGUGACCUCAAUGGCGUUGCGUCUCAACAAAACACCAGCGCAGAUUCUUCUUCGCCAUUUAAUUCAGCUCGGAUUAAUUGUCAUCCCUAAAUCCAGCAAUCCAGAGAGGAUUAAAGAGAACUUCCAGGUGUGGGAUUUUAAACUGCCUCCUUCUGACAUGGCAGACCUUGAUGCCCUUGAUCGUGCAGGUGAUGGACGAAUAAUCACUUUCCAACUUCGACCUGGAAUACAGGUUCAUCCCGAGUAUCCAUUCAAUAUACCUUUUUGAACUUUUCCAAAGAAGAAAGGCGUUUGUACAAGAGAGACUGUUGUUUUGGAAUUGUGUGUAUUCUCACAAAAUAUGUCACUAUCAUGUUCAUAAAUUUUACACGAAGAAUUGAGUGUAUGUUAAGUGAUACCUGUAACAGUUACUAGAUGCAUUCAAAUAUUAAAGAAAUUUGUACACAAUAAUUUUGAAGAAUGUCUAUGUUUCUUAUGUAUUUUGGAAUGAUGGCGUGUUUAGCUAAACUCUA